UUGUUAUUGCUCUGAUGAAUCAGUGAAAUUGCUCGUUAAAAGUAGCGCUUGGAUUUCCGGACUACAUCCGAUUUUGGCACCUGGGAAGUGUAUAUAUAGGGGACGGAAAAUUCACACACUAGACUGGACAGAUCUCAACCAAGCAUGAAGUCGUUUCUUGUUCUCCUGAGCGUCGCCUGCUCCUGUUAUGGACUUCACAUCCUGCCGUGUGAGCCUGGAGACCCGGGGCCCCUGGGGUGUGAUGCCUAUCAGAGAAACGGUGGCCGCCUAGACGUAGGUGGUGCCGGAGGUGGAGCAAUGAAUUCCAUCGGGUUCGAUCAGAAUCAGAACGCCGGUUUUGGAAACGGACUUGGUUCCAAUUUCCUGGAGCCAAGGCUCGAAUUUGGAAUGGACGGAGGAGUAGUGAACGACUUUAACAAUGGAUUUGGUCAAGAUGUCGGACUGGUCGAUACUGGAUUCGACAACGGCUUCCAAAAUGACUUAUCAGGGCUCAGUCUUGACUCCAAUAUCGGACCUGGGGGAUUUGAUCCCAGUCUCGGGGCUGGAGGAUUUGACGCCGGUGUCGGCGGUGGAUUUGACGCUGGCUUUGAUGUGAACUCCGGUUUAGAUGGGCCUUUCAUUGGAGGGGGAGGUGGUGGUGGUUUUGAUGGGUUCGACAACGGACUUGGAGGGAAUAUUGGCGGGCCAUCCAUCGGAGGAAACUUUGGCGGCGGGAAAGGUGGAAUAAUCGGGGGACCCUCGGUGGGGGGAUUCAAUGAAGGGUUUGGAUUUGAUGGAAACCUCGGUGGGGCAGACUUUGGACAGAACAUAGGCUUUGGUGGUGCUGGUAUUGGUAAAGGCAAAGGAUUCGGAGGUGCCAUCGGCAGUGGUGCAGGAUUUGGAAAAGGAAAUGGUAUCGGUGGUGCCAUCGGUGGUGGUGUAGGAUUUGGAAAAGGAAAAGGUUUCGAUGGUGGUAUCGGCGGUAAUGCAGGAUUCGGAAAAGGCAAAGGUUUCGGUGGUGGCAUUGCUGGUGGUGCAAAAUUUGAAAAAGGGAAAGGCUUCGGUGGAGGUAUCGGUGGUGGGAAGUUCGGUGGAUCCCUAGGACCAUCUUACCCUAAAAGAAAAGGCUUUAAUAUCGACAGAAGAUAUAAUAAAGGCUUCGGAGGUGGUUCUGGAUGGGGGUCAAGAGGAAAGGGAAUUAUAGGGGGAUCUCACGGAAUCAUGGGAGGAAAAGGCAUUGGUGGAGGUAAAGGUAUUAUUGGAGGUAUUGGAAUCGGUGGCGGUCUCGGAUUUAGAGGCGGUCUCGGCAAAGGAUUCGGUAAAAACAGAAGAAUGAACUACGGACCACAGUUGGGACAUUCUUUGAAACCACGCAUUGGAAAACGGCCAAUUUUCCGUCAUAGACGUCCAAACAUAUUCCCAAUAAAAAGACCUUACCCCAGCUUUGGAAUUCGAAGUCCAGUCUCAAUGCUACCAAAAUCAUACGGAAGAGUUUCUAAUUAUCCAAAGAAUAUGCCAAUUAAGCCGAUCCGACGAAUGGCGUCCGGUUACUAAUCCAAGUCAGAAAUCAACCGAAGCUGUUCCAAUAAGCAAAGUCCCAAGUUGUGUGACUUUGCCGGGAGAAAUCUGCACGAGAGUAUACCAAUAGCUGGAGGAGGCUUCUACAAUAGUUCUUUGUUUUGUACCUUUUUGUUUUUAUUUAUUCAAUAAACUUAUUCAAAUACC